CGUGUGGCGUCAGACGCAGGGCAGUUUCCAGCAAAGAUACUGGAGCUUUGGUUUCCAGGAAGUGCCGGGUUGCAGCCAUGGCGAUGCAACUGCAGAGGAGCAUUGUUGCUCAGACCAAGCGACACACCGCCUCUCUCAUCUUCCUUCACGGCUCAGGUGAUACGGGGCAAGGUGUAAGAGCGUGGAUUAAAAGUGUAUUGGAACAAGACUUGACCUUUCAACAUAUACGAAUAAUUUAUCCAACAGCACCAGCAAGAUCAUACACCCCAAUGAAUAGAAUGCUAUCAAAUACGUGGUUCGACAGGUACAAAAUCAGCUUUAACAGCCCAGAACAUCUUGAAUCCAUGGACUCAAUGUCCAGUGUACUGGGUGGGUUGAUAGAUGAAGAGGUCAGAGCUGGAAUUGCAAAGGACAGGAUAAUCUUAGGAGGAUUUUCAAUGGGUGGGGCGAUGGCAAUGCACUUGGCCUAUAGAUUUCACCCACAAGUAGCAGGAGUAUUUGCUUUAUCUUCUUUCUUGAAUAAGAAUUCUGUUGUCUACCAGGUUAUACAGAAUGCUAAAUUGCCAAUGCCUGAAUUGUUCCAAAGUCAUGGAGACAAUGACCAACUCGUUUUAUAUGAGUGGGGUAAAGAGACCUGUGAAACUCUACAUUCACUGGGAGUGAAAACCACUUUUAAUACUUUUCCUAAUCUCCAGCAUGAACUUUGCAAGCCAGAGCUGGAACAGCUGAAGUCAUGGAUUUUACAUAAGCUGCCUGAUAAUGAACAAUAAUACUAUUCAUUCUGAAUAAAAUAGUACUAAAUGUACAUUUAUUUUGUGAACCAUGCAUCGGGGAUGAAAAUAUGUCAGAAGACACCAGUGAGAACUGUGUGAGUAAGGCAAAAAAGAAUCACCAUGAACUAUUGAGCUAAUGUAGUACUUUUCCUGAAUUGCAUUACAGACUUAUUCUGAUGAAAUGCUCUGAUAUAUGAAGUAGAUUGUCAUUAUCAUUAUGCUCUUAAAAUUACUUACAGAUGAAGCACAACAGUCUGUUUUGCAUGCUCCUAUUCUUUAUUGCAAAUAUUAUUAGCAGACAGCUAUAGUAUUAAAUAUCUACACUUACGUUAAAAGUGGAGCUAUUUGAUCAUUAUUAUACACAUUUCUAUUCCAUCUUUUACUGUCUCCGAUUAAAGCUGAGAAACCUCCAAAAACAGAA